CUACAACGCCAACCCCGGAGACAUUAUUGGGGAACACUCCCGCCUCACCAGUGCUUGUUGUUUAUCCCGUAUACUUCAACAGCCCAGCGGCUACAUGCUGCGACCACAAACUACAAUAUCGCCCGGAGAAAUCAUUCCUUACUUAACCAGAGAAGGUCUAGCAGCAGUUCUGUACAACGACGGAUCGCUCACUGCGAACACCACGUCUGAAGCCAGAUCCUCAACUCAAAUGAUGGACAGCAGUCAGAAGGGACAGGCCAGUAGCCUGUUCCAGGUCUACCUUCGUCUUAGGCCUCACAGAGCAAGGCUGCCAAACGCGGAUGCGGAGCGGUUCCUCCUCGUGGAAGAGCCUGAAGAUGGCGGCGCUCCCACUCACAUCACCCUGAAUCCGCCCAUGGACCGCAGAAGAGCAAUCGAAAAGUUUGCCUUCACCCAAGUGUUCGAGGAGGCCUCUUCGCAGCUUGACAUCUUCCAUGGCACACGUGUGCUGCCACUGGUCGAAGGUGUGCUUGCUCCACAGGGCGGCGAGGGUACUGACGGCUUACUCGCCACGCUGGGCGUCACCGGCUCUGGCAAGACACACACCAUGCUGGGUUCCCGUCAGCAACGCGGCAUGACACAACUUGCUCUGGACGUCAUGUUUCGCGGCAUCGAUGCGAGCAUCGUCGACUGUACACGGUCAUCGUCGCUUGAAACGAGCAUACAAGCGUCGGAUGCCUCCGACGCAACUCUGCUCACCGCCCCAGCCUUUCUCGAGACCGUCUUUAGCGAUUUCAGCGGUCCCUCACGCGCAGGAUCUCGAGCUGCAACCCCAAUGAUAACCGAUCACGCUCCGCCACCAACACCCCGACGUCACAUUCAGCGGCCGUCGGCGCUGCCUCAAGCUCCCGAUAUAAGCGCCGCCAGGGCUUCCAGCGACCCCUCGGCCGAGUACGCAAUUGUGAUAUCCAUGUAUGAAGUAUACAACGACAGAAUAUUCGAUUUGCUCACGCCACCCAUCAAGUCCAAUGCAACCAAGGAAUAUAAGCGAAGACCGCUUCUCUUCAAGCCCACCGAGAACUCGCCCGAUCGCAAAGUCGUCGCGGGACUUCGCAAGAUUAUUUGCAGUAGUCUGAAGGAAGCCUUGAUGGUACUGGAGGCUGGGCUUCACGAAAGACGCGUGGCUGGCACAGGGAGCAACAGCGUCUCUUCGAGAAGUCACGGCUUUUUCAACGUUGAGGUCAAGAAGAGGCGACGCAGUCGUACCGCUUCACACUGGAGCACAAGUACACUGUCUAUUGUUGAUCUGGCAGGUAGUGAGAGAGCAAGGGACGCCAAGACGCAAGGCGCGACGCUUGCUGAAGCCGGCAAGAUUAACGAGAGUCUGAUGUACCUUGGGCAAUGCCUGCAAAUGCAGAGCGACGCGGCAAGCGCCACGAAGCCAAACCUUGUGCCCUUCAGGCAAUGCAAGCUCACCGAGCUGCUCUUCUCCAAUUCCUUUCCGUCCACGUCUCUGGCUCAAUCAACGACACAUAGGCGGCCCCUUCAGAAAGGCGUAAUGAUUGUAACAGCGGAUGCCUCGGGAGAUUACAACGCCAACUCUCAGAUUCUGCGGUACAGUGCACUUGCCCGAGAGGUGACGGUCCCCCGAGUGCCUUCCAUCACUUCCACAAUAUUGGCGCCCGGUCAAGCGCAGCAAGAUCUUAGCAGCAGCCCGACAUCAACUUCGCCAAUUGCGCAAAGAAUGCAUCAUCCGUCCGCGACACACUCCCGCACAUUCUCGCCGAUGUCAGACACCGAGAGGGGGACCAUGGAGAAUGCGGCUCUCGAGAUUGCUCGCAUGGCAGACAUAAUAGAUCAGCUAAACGCCGAGCUCGCAAAAGAGUCGGAAGCGCGGAUGGAGGCUGAAGCUCACCUCAUGUCAAUGGAAGAUCGGGUUGUCGAGUUAGAGCAGGAGAUCCGUGAGGACUGCUAUGCCGACUUUGAGCAAAGACUUGCCAUGGAGAUGAACCGGUGGAAGGCUUCAUUGUCGCUUGAACAGGAGCGCGGUGAGGAGCACUGGGAUCGCAAGGUGGAGGUCCUUGCCCGCGGUGUUGGUGUUGCCAACAAUCAUGACAACGGCGACGACUCCGAGGAUGAGGACAAAGAGAACAUCUUGAUUGAGAGCCUGGAGCAGGAGAACGACCGCCUUCGUCGCGAGAUUGCCGUGCUGAAGCGCGAGCUGACAACUCGCACACCCAGCAAGCGUGCGCCUCUUCAGGAGAGAGGCGACGUGCCCAGCACCAAGGGCGAGCUCAGCAGCCUCGGCAGCAGCAUGGAGAACUUAAGGAUAAGCACAAGCAGCAACGGCGCAGAAGACCCGGCGAAGAAAGGCAUUCGAGUAUCGAGCACCGGUAGCCCGACGAAGAAGGUCCGCAAGCUGCCAGCGCGAAAGUGGGAGUCUAUCGAUGCCGACGCCGACAAUUCACUGAUGUGAGAGGUGUCGUUCUCAUGGCGUUCUUGGGGGAACAGGAUGGUGCUGGGUGUUGGAUUCAUUUCAUCGGCUUGUGGCGGCGGUCUUUCUGAUGUUUGCACAUACCCUUUUGAAUUUUGAUGACCACAUUCUUGGCUUUUUGGCAGCAUUCCGUCAGGAUACGUUGUCUGAAGUUUCAGACGGAUUUACGAACACAAUCAUCUUUCAUAAUACAGCAAGCUAUAUCUCAAA